AUGGGCAAGAAGAGAUCAAGAGAAGAGGGUAAAGAGGUCCCGCCCGCCGACGCUGGUGCGGACCGAAUGGAUGAGGAUAGCAACGACGAGGAGGACUUUGACAUGGUAGACGUCGAGUUUGAAUGGUUCAACUUUGACCCCGAAAUCGACUUCCACGGCAUCAAAGCCCUCCUGCGACAGCUCUUCGAUGUAGAUGCCAACGUAUUCAACAUGUCCGCGCUGGCCGACCUUGUCCUCUCCCAACCCACAAUCGGUUCGACCGUCAAAGUCGACGGGAAAGAAACCGACCCAUACGCCAUGCUCACUGCCCUCAACACACAUGUCCACCGCGAGACGGAGCCCAUGAAUGACAUUCUGAAAUACUUGGUCGAAAAGGCGCAAACAAACGACUCGCUAGCUGUGAUCCCCGAGCUCAUCAAUGCCGGCAAGCAUGUUGGAUUGGUAUUCUCCGAGCGUUUCAUCAACAUGCCGCCUGAAAUUGGACCGCCGCUGUACUCAAUGCUCAUCGACGAGGUCGAGGCAGCGGUGGAGGACAAGGAGCCAUACGAGUUUUCGCACUACCUGAUUCUAUCCAAGACAUACCAAGAAGUAGAGUCGACGCUGGACGUGGAGAAUCGCAAGAAGAAAAAGGCCAAGGAGGAGGCGUCUACCUUUUUCUUCCAUCCUGAGGACGAGGUGUUGCACAAGCAUGCUCUUGCAUACGGUAGCUAUUCGUACACCAAGGAGGAGGAUUCGGUGGCGGACAGCAAGCGAGCAUUCCAGGAGGCGGGCAUCAAACCCGCUGGACAUAUGAUUUUGAUUGAAGCGAGCAAGUUUCCGGGUGCAGUUAAGGCCAUCAAUGACUACUUGCGGCCGCAGUAA